AUGUCCGACUGGAAGCCUCCUGCUUUUGGAACCCCCGUCUGGAUGGGCAUUCCUGCCCAUGACGUCGGCCGUGCAUCCGAGUUCUAUGAGACGGUCUUCAAGUUCUCCUUUAAGGAUAACUGUGAAAAGUACCCCAAGGAGCAGAUCCGGAUGUUUGACUUUAACCCCAGUCUGGGCCUGACAGGCGGCAUUCAAAAGGCCCCAGACCACACUGGUCACUUUGCCCCCGGCAAGGGUGGCAUCUGCGUGUACUGGUUCGUCGAGAAUGUCGAUACCAUCGGUCCCAUCAUCGAGAAGGCUGGCGGUAAGAUGUUGAGCGAGAAGGAGAAGGAGGGUGAUCAUGGCUUGUUCCGUUUCUUUGAGGACACUGAGGGGACUGUUGGUGCGGUUUACCAGAUGGUUUAG